AACAAAUUAAUUAAAUUUAUGUGGAACCUUAUUUCAAUAAAUCCUAUCUGUUAAAGAAAGAAAAUAGUAAACGAUUAAGAAAAGUUAUUAUCUAAAAUAACAAAUACAAAAAGCAGAAUAGAUACAUCUGCACCUUGGAGACCAUCACAUUCCCUUUCAAAAUGGAAUAAUAAAUAUUCACAUGGUACAAGUCAUAUUUAAUAGAAAAUUAGCCGAAGAAAACAAGAUAGUUUAUGAAAAUAAUAUACUUUUAAAUAAAAUGGUUAAUAUUUAGAAAUAAGGAAAUAAAAGUCUUACUUCUAUGCCAUAAUUACCUAAAUCAUAAUAAAUGACAAAAAGAAUUCAAAUUGAAAAAUUACAAUAAGAAAAUUAAGUAUUAUUUGAUUAUAUUUAAGUAAUUACUGGACAGAUUAUAGACUGCACAAGCUACAUACAAUAAAUAAUUUUGGGCUCCAGAUGAUUAGAGAAAUUAAGCUUAUAAAUAAUUGCAUAGACCAAGUGAUUAUUAGAUUUAUUUUAGAAGUUUAGCAACAUGAUUAUAGUGAAUUAGCAAGAAAGCAAUUAGGAUCUAGAUCAGCAGCAAGAUUUAAUGAAAUACCAGAUUCAUGAUAAUGG